UUUUAAUUUCUGGCAGAAAGAUUUUAUUUCCCCAAGUGGGAUGAUGCAUGUGAAAGCUUUUGAAGAUGUUGUGCCUAAUGUUAUCAAGGCCGUUGAAGUAGCUCGAAACCGUAGCGUUCCGAUUAUUUGGGUUGUACGUGAGCACGACCCUUUGGGGAGGGACGUUGAAUUAUUCCGAAGGCACUUGUAUGGUUCUGCUGACAAACCAAAGCCCGUUUCUAAGGGUACCGUGGGUGCAGAAUUGGUCGAUGGGCUAUUUAUCGAAGAGGGAGAUUAUAAAUUGGUUAAAACGAGAUUUAGUUCGUUUUUUAACACGCACCUCCAUUCGUAUCUUCAAGGUCUUGGAGUUAAUAAGUUGAUCAUCACUGGUGUUCAAACUCCGAAUUGUAUCCGACAAACGGCCUUCGAUGCAGUUGCUUUGGAUUAUGAAACGGUUACGGUUAUCGUUGAUGCCACUGCUGCUGCCACACCUGAUAUACAUAUAGCAAAUAUUAUCGACAUGAAAAAUAUUGGAGUGGCGACACCGACACUAGAAGAAUGGUGCAAUUAAUUAAUUAAUUCGUUUCGUAAACGAAUUAAUUUACCGAGUUUUUUUGUAAAAUUAAAUAAGUUGGUCUUUUAGUCCAUAGCAUGUCAGGGUACAGACUAAUUGGUUUGUACUUAUAAUUUUACUUGUUUUGUAAUGUGAUAUUAUUACACCUUUGAUAAGGUUUUCACAGAGUUGUAAUGUGUUGUUGUUAUGAAAUGGUUCUUACUGAAAGAUGAGGGAAAAAAA